ACAAAAAAUUCUCUCUUUAUGUACAUAUUAUCCGAAUCAUCUGUGAUAUCAAUUUUUCUUUCUUUUAGAAAUUAAAAAUAUCGAGAAAAGCCUGGAGGAAAUUAAGUUUCUUAAAAUUGUUCUAGUGCGAAAUUUAAGAUUAUACUAAGAAGAGAGUUAAGGAAAGACAGUUUUAUUUGCCAACCAUACACCAUGAUAAAUUCAGCACAUUAUGAAAAUGACAGCAGUGAGCAAAAGGCGUACCUAUAUUCAUCAUCUGAUUCUGGAGGAGGCGGAGGAUGCGACCAAUCACCGCAGAAUGUCAAUGCUGGCUCUUCUGAUGACACGAAUACAAGCUUAAUUGAGUUUGACGAGAAUUUAACCAUUGGAAAUGUGCUUUGCACUCAUGAUGGGGUAUUGUUAAAGAAAGCUAACGCUGAACAUAUAGCCGACUUGAAUACUAGUGGCUCUUUAUCUUUAGUUGAGUACGGGCCGCCACGUCAUUUGUAUUUAGAGUGGCGUCCAAAUGAAAAUAUUUUGAUAGCUGAUGAUAGCCAAGAUCAAGGUGACUGGGCGUUAGUGGAUACAAUAUCGCGUAGAUCACGUUCCAUAUCAGAAUGCAAACUGUUCAAUACUCCACGCAUGGACAUGUCUUCUGGUUCUUUUCGUAACCCCCGUGUUAUACAUACUUUACUCGACGAAUUAUCACUUAUUGAAGUAAAACAUCGCGGGCAAACUGUGCGCUUCGUACGCAAGGCGGAUAAAUCAUUGCACUCGGAAUUUUUUUUCCAGCACGGUAAUGCCGAUCAGUUUGUUCGUAGCAUGCGUCAACUGCAUAUUAUUGAUGUUAGAAGUGGCGGCGUUCGGGGUUCGGAGGAAUAUGUAAUUUUGCCCACCGAUACGCAGAAACUUAAAAAGACCUUUGCCGAAUUAGAUAUUGGUGAAAUUAAAGCUUCCUCUAUUGGUCAUGAAAGUUGGCUAUCCCAUAAAGUUGUCGGGUUUCUAGUAAACAUACCGGAUUAUGUAUCUGCAAAGGCUCCACCUAAGAUACGACCCGGAUCAUUGGAAUGUAGGCAAAAUUUGAAUAACUUUGCAUCACAUUCAGAGAAUUAUCAUAUGGUGGGCUUAUCCAGCGGGGGUUCGAAUAGCGUCAACACUUCGGGAUCGCAUAGUCGCAUCAGCAGCUUAGAUAAAUCGCCUGAUGUAGACAGUGACGAAAUACAAAACGUUAAAGAACAAGAUCAGAAAAUCGUGAGCUUAUUGCCCGAACGAAAAACGAUACAACGUGAGCAACCUUUGUCCGAAAAUCAGUGGCUCGAAUUUCAAACCGCAGAUGGACGUAUGUCGGACUGUGCCCGUAUUCUGGAUAUCAUUUUCAGGGGCGGUAUCGAAAGUAAUUUGCGUUGUGAAGUAUGGAAAUAUCUGCUGAACUACUAUCAGUGGAAUGAUUCUGAGGUGGAGCGCAUAGUACGGCGCAAGCAGAAGUCUAUGGAAUAUUAUAACAUGAAAGCACAAUGGCUGUCUAUGACUACUGUACAGGAAAUUAAUUUUUCAGGCUAUCGGGAUCGUAAGUGCCAAAUCGAAAAGGAUGUAAAGCGCACCGACCGCUCGCUUACGUAUUUCGCCGGAGAAGAUAAUCCUAAUCUGUUAAUCUUACAAGGAAUAUUAAUGACCUAUGUUAUGUACAACUUUGAUUUAGGUUAUGUACAGGGCAUGUCAGAUCUACUUGCCCCUAUCCUAGCUGUAAUGGAAAAUGAAGUUGAUGCUUUUUGGUGUUUCGUUGGAUUUAUGAACAUGGUCUUCGCCAAUUUUGAUGUUGAUCAAGCGGGCAUGAAAGUACAAUUCAGCCAGUUAAGACGUCUAUUAGAACUCGCUAACCCACGCCUUACUGACUAUUUGAAGUCUCACGAUUCUGAUAAUAUGUACUUUUGUUUUCGCUGGCUUCUUGUUUGGUAUAAAAGAGAAUUCAACAACGAUGAUAUAAUUAAGCUCUGGGAAUGUCUCUGGACGCGUCUGCCAUGUCCAAAUUUUCAUGUAUUAAUAUCUGUAGCAAUACUGGAUCAAGAGGCUGAAAAGAUAAUCGAAAGCAGAUAUGAAUUCACAGAAAUCUUAAAGCACGUUAAUGAACUAUCGGGUAACAUCGAUCUUAGCAUAACGCUCAAGACAGCUGAAGCCAUUUAUUACCAAAUAAAAGAAGCAAGUCAUUUGUCCAAUGAUAUUCGGCAGAUAAUCGGUGAACCCUUGUUAGAUUUAGAAGACGGAGCCUCGCAGACUUCGACAGAAACUGAGCACACGGAAUUUGACGACGGUUUUGAUGAACUAGUACAUGAGCUAACAACCGAAGAAAAGAAACGACACCAAGAAUUGUUAGAAGAAGCCUGUGAGCGUUCCAUGUUUUUACAAUAUAUAUAAGUAUGCAAUUCUUAGAAGUUCUAUAUUUUAUGUCGUCUACCAUCAGUAAACUUACAAAAUAAGAAUUUGCUUUUAACGACCUUUUUCUAUCUAAAUUCAAAUCGCAUUUCUUUAGUAUUAAUGAUAGUGGAGUAGUUAUAAUUGGAUUCAGGAACAUUAGAAAUGUUUGUAGAACACAGAUGCACAAAAAAUAUCUUGCAUUCGGUAAUAUACUUUAUACCAGCAAUUUAAAUUAUAUUUAUAACUUUUUAUAUAUAAUAUCAGAUUAAAAAAAAGCUGCAUUUAAUCGGAUGGUAAAUGAUGGAAUAACCUCAAGGUCUAAGCAAGAAUACCACAACCUAUUUAAAUAUUUAAAGUUGUGUCCAUUAACCAAAAAUAGUACUGAAUAAUUAAAAUCAGCAAAAUAAAAUAAAUAUUUCGUAAGAAGCGGCAUCCUAAGAGCAUAGUGAAAGAUUUAAGUACAAGGUAAACUCGCAUACAUACAUAAAUCGAGCCAUUUACUUUCAAGGAAAUGUGCUUUACUUUUAUUCGCAAUUGUUACAUCAGAAGAUGCAAAUAAUCGA